AACUGUAGUGGGAAUUAUUUGAUAAAUUUAUCGCAUGAAGUAAAGAGUUGUACAUUAGCUUCCACAAUUCUGAACUCAAUGACCCGGUCGUUACUGACUGAAUUCUCCCGUUGAGCAAAUCACGAGCGCUCUUUGUAUUCUGAUGCCUCGUCACGAGUAGACAGCCUCCGGAAAAUCUCAAUACAGUACCUUUAAUCUUUGUUUUUUAUUGUUAGGGAAAAUAUUGAAAAUGUGGUCAGGUGUGCUGACAAUUUUAGCAGGGGUGAUUAUAGCAGUGGAUGGAAGCACGUCUGAGAUAGACUUGUCCUAUCGGCACAUAAAAAAAGAAGAUUUCUUCGUGAAAAUUCAACACACCCUGAACUUUCAUGAACUAACGGAAUUGAAUCUGAAAGGAAAUGAAUUUGACAGUUUUCUCGAUUGUUCUGCAAAACUGGACCACUUAAAGAGCCUGGAUCUGGCUGAGAAUCAACUCCAGCGAUUUUUCUUCCUCUGUAAUGACGAGUAUGCCCUCGAAUACUUGAAUAUCAGUCAUAAUCAUUUGGAGUAUAUCGACGAUCAAGCCCUAAAUCAGCGAACCAACAAGCUGAAGGUGGUGGACAUCUCUCACAAUAGAAUUUCUGUUAUUAAUGAGACGAUGAUUGAGCAUAUGAAGGUCCUUGAGUUUCUUUCGAUGGCGCACAAUCCAGUUAUUGACAUCCACGAGAAAGCUUUCCUAACUCAGAAGAAUCUCAAGCAUUUGGAUCUAGCCAAUAUCGGUGCAGAAGUAAUCCCCAACUCCCUUUUCCGCCCCCUAACGAAUCUAACAUUCCUCAACAUUUCCUUCAACCCCAUCACCAACAUACCCUUCCUACCCUCGUCCCUACUUGAGCUCGAUCUAUCCGGAACCUUCAUCCUCUACCCCGACAACAUCAUCCUCCCUCAGCUCGCCCGAUUUCACCUGAACUUCAUGCCGAACAUAACAGGAAUUGUCCUAAAUGAUUUCGAGAACUUCACAAUGCUAGAGGUCCUCUCCAUGGAACGAUGUCCCAUCCUCUCUGAGUUCAGAGUUUGGCCUCCAAAUAAUAGAAUUCUCCCGCGUCUGCAUCAUCUCUCAGUCAAGGGCUGUGACCUGGAGACCUUGAAUGAUGAUCUUCGGCCAAUAAUGCAGAGAAUCGCAUUGGUAGACCUUCAGAACAACCCCUGGCACUGCGAUUGCCGGAUGCAGUGGGUUAAUCGAUUGAACUUGUCGAGCGAAUUGAGCCGAGAAAUUACGUGUAACACACCUGAGCAACAUCAUGGAAGGCUUCUGUCCCAAAUUCCAAACCACGAUUUGGUCUGUCUCGAGAUAUCAACAACCACCUACACAGCGAUUUGGGCAUCAAUGUCAGUGAUCCUAAUUUUCUUAAUACUAACGGGAGUCUGGCUCUUCUGGCGAGGUCCCCUGAGACACUGGAGACUACCAAAGCGCAAUGGUGAUACAGUUAGUUACAAAAACGUGGUGGAAUCCUCCAACGACUUAAUUAGAAUAUUAGUAACGGACGACAGGGCUGAGGAGUAGCAAGUCAUUAAAUUUGGUUGAUUGAAUGAGAAAAUAACUGAAUAUCAAUCGUUAUUGUUGUUGGCUCGUAAAGAACGUCAAAUUACUUAUUUAUAAGUGGCACUAGUCAACUGUAGUAAUUUUGAAUCAAUGUAUGGUUCACUUGAUGGUGAAACACCAUUGUCCCCCAUUAUUGAAGUAUCUUUCAGCAACAAUGGAUGUGCAUUAACCAAUGGGAAAACAUGAAGUUCCAGAAUACAUUUGA